CCUGUCUUGAAACAAUUGUGUCUGGACAUCCGCCAAAAUGGCUACUCCAGCAACCACUCUCGCCAGCAAACUCCCCCCCCGCCUCCUCAGCUUCUUCGCGCGGUACCCUCCCCAACUCUAUUCCGCAGCCGUGACCCCCAAGUCCGAACCCCAAUCCAGCACAAAAUCCACCACAACACCAUUACCAGAGACGUCGUCAGCGAUCGACCCAUCGACAGGGGAAUCGACCCUCCCCUCGCCCUACACACCCAACCGCGACGCAGGCGGCCACAAACGGCCCGACCCCAGCGCGUUCUCCCCGUCCAAGGCCAUCCUCGCCACGACCGCCGAGCAUCCCAACCCGUUCCUGCCGCGCAAGAACUUCCGCACGGGCAAGUGGAUCGGUCCGCGCGUGGGGCUGCGCGUGCAGGCCGAGCUGGUCAAGUUGGCGGCCAAGUACGAUAUUGAGGAGCUGUUGCCGGCGGGACGCAAGUCGACGGAGUUUAAGGAGACGAGGCGGGCGGAGCGUGGUCUGGCCAUUAAGGGUACGGGUGUUGGGCAGAAGGUGAAGGGUCAUAAGUGGGAGAGGACGAUGGAGACUCGUUUGGAUGAUCGUCGGAAAGCCAUGAUGGAGAUGCCGGAGGCGAUUCGGUUGUGGAAGCAGAGAGGUCAUGGUCGUGGCUGGAAGAAGUGGCCCAAGCGGUAAAUCUGGGUCAUUUUGGGCUGAGUUUGUAUUAUGUUUGGAUAGACUGUCCUUGGGAUGGUCAGUGGGAUGGAGUUAGCUGUCUACUAUGUACAAUAUAUACUGGUGGAUUCUGUAUGAAUGAUAGUUACUACAUAUACUACAUGGUCAAUUCAUCAACAUUU